GACUUGUUGUUAUUUCUCGGCCAACAUGGCGGAUCAGACUAUCAAGUCAUUGCAUCCAUUUCUCAGGCAAAACGCUUCCCAGGUAUCGUCCGGGGGGAAGGUCGUGAGCUAUUCUCACGAUCGCGGUUCGGGGCCAGUCUGGUGCAUGGCCCAUGGCUGGCCUCAAUCGAGCUACAUGUGGCGACACGUCGUUGAGGAGCUGAAAGAUCACAUCUCCAUGUUCAUUCCCGAAUUGCCUGGUUAUGGGUUCAGUUCCCUUCCGCCGAAACAUGAUAAGCGGACUGUGGGAAAUCUCAUCGUGGAAGCUCUCCAACAAGUCUUUGGAGAGGAUCGACCCAUCAUAUGGUGCUCCCACGAUCGAGGAGCACGAGUCGGUCAUCGCAUGGUGGUUGAUGGCAAUCACAACAUCACAUCUGCCAUCUUCAUGGAUAUUGUUCCGACACGAGAGCAAUGGGCCGCGUUUGGCAAUCCGCUUGCAAGCUGUGCAUACUAUCACUGGCCGUUUCUCGCAAUCCCAACGGCUCCUCAGAUGAUAGAGAUGAUGGGUGGAGGCAACUAUGUGAAGGCCAACUUUGAUCGAAUCAAAGGAGGUAAUUCCUCCGGCACUGCCAAGUUUCAAGAAAAUGAUGCUGUUGGACACUACGCCCACCAGUUCUCGCAAGCAGAAUGUAUCGCCGGAUCUUGCGGGGACUAUGCUGCCGGAGCAACUGAAGAUUGUGACGAGCAGCAGAAAGAUCAGGAUCAAGGCAGGAAGAUUAAAAUUCCACUUAUGGUCAUCUAUAGUGCUGGCAAUCUGGGUAGCAUGCACAACGUUGAUGCAGUAUGGAAGAAUUGGAUUGAUGGAGAAUACAGGGGCGAGGCAAUUGGAGAUGGACACGGCCACUACUUGCCUGAGGAAUGCCCAGAGAAGGUGAUCUCUCUCAUCCUCGAAUGGAACGAGAAGCACGGAAAGUAGCGAGAGGUUUGCCAUCUUCGCAUACAUGACUGGAGUCUGUAUAUUCUUAAUUCUACUGAUUCUCUUGAUCUCUAAACAUUACUAAACAUAUUCAUCUAUACC